GAGCUUUUGGGUGUGCUAACCUAUAAAUAGAAAUGAAAACUAGAAAUUACAUAUCAUUAACCAUCAUGUAUCUAUCGAUCAUGGGUGAGAAGAGUAGAAAUGAUUGGAGAGCAGAGGAAGUAAAGAACAAACAAGUUAUACUGAGAGAUUAUGUGAGUGGAUAUCCCAAAGAAUCUGACAUGUACAUAGUAACAAGUACCAUUAAUAAACUGAAGGUUCCAGAAGGCUCAAAUGGUGUGUUGGUGAAGAACUUGUACCUUUCAUGCGAUCCAACCAUGCAAUUCCGCAUGAGGAAAAAUCCCCAUUCCCCUUCCCACCAAUCCGAGUCUUAUGUCCCUGGAUCUCCGAUUAAUGGGUUUGGAGUGGCUAAGGUUCUGGAUUCAGGGCAUGCUGAGUUUAGUGCUGGUGACUUAGUUUGGGGAACAACUAGUUGGGAAGAAUAUAGUCUCAUUCAAAAUCCAGAGCAGCUCAAGAAAAUUCACCACACUGAUGUGCCCCUCACACAUUACACUGGAAUUCUUGGGAUGCCUGGAAUUACUGCAUAUGCUGCAAUCUAUGAAGUUGGUCUUCCAAAAAAGGGAGAAUGUGUGUUCAUCUCAGCAGCAUCAGGUGCUGUUGGUCAAAUAGCUGGACAGUUUGCCAAAUUGCUUGGUUGUUAUGUGGUUGGAAGUGCUGGCACCCAACAAAAGAUUAAUCUUCUAAAGAACAAGUUUGGUUUUGAUGAUGCCUUCAAUUACAAGCAAGAGCCUGAUUUAGAUGCAGCUUUAAAAAGGUGCUGCCCUGAAGGCAUUGAUUUCUACCUUGAUCAUGUUGGGGGGAAAAUGCUUGAUGCAGUUCUGCUUAACAUGAAGGUCCAUGGCCGAAUCGCGAUAUGUGGAAUGAUUUCGCAAUACAAUCUUGAUGAGCCUGAACUCCUAAGGAAUGUGAUGCUGCUGGCAUUGAAGAGACUUACUGUGAAAGGAUUCACACACAGAGAUUACCAUCAUCUAUAUCCUAAGAUCUUGGAGCUUGUAUUGCCUUACAUUAGGGACAAGAAGAUUUUCUAUGUUGAAGACAUUGUUGAAGGACUUGAAAAUGGACCCGCUGCUCUUGUUGGACUAUUCACUGGUCGCAACUUCGGAAAGCAAAUUGUUGCCCUUCCUCCUCAAUGAUCAAUCAUAAUCAUGCAUCAUAGUAGGGUUAAAAAAAUUAAAUACAAGUUAAUUUUUUUUGGAAUAAAUUGUUUUAUAAUCCACAUCAUCCAUAUUGAAUCACUAAAAAUUAUAUAUUACAGUGUAGAAAUGUAUCUUUACUCAUAGAAAUUAAAAAUUAAUGGAAGAGUUGUCUCAGUCUUUCUCAACCAAAA